AUGCCUCUCCCCUCCCCGCAACACCUCAACCACCGCCUUCGUACCCUCACGCUCACCUCUCCUACUCCCUCCGCCAUCUUCUAUGCCCGGAUAUGGCUCGCCCUCUCCCCUGCCACCCAGACAGACCAUGAAGCCCUACACGUCCUCGCGCUCGCGUUCCUCGGCGCCGAACAGCCCUACUCCGCGCUCCACCUAGUCCGGGAUCUGGCGGAUGACGAGGGUCGACUGAAAGCGGGAUGUGGAGCGCGCGGGAUCAUCGUGGCGAGAUGCUGCGAGGCGGUAGGGAGAGUAGGGGAGGGAGCGGCUGUCUUGGAACGGGCGUUGAAGCGGGGCGGAGGGUAUAAUCUCCCGAGUCUAGCGGGGUCUGAAGGUGUCAGCAAUAAUCUGAUGCUCGCGCGGUUGAGUCAGAAGGGGAAGAGCAUCCAGACGGCUACGGAGUACUACCAGAAGGCGCUCAGGGAGGAUCCAUGGCUCUGGGAGGCCUUUACCGGCCUAUGCGACAUAGGAAGCCCACCAUCUUCGGAAUCACUCUUCCCUGAUCCUCCUGCCCCCUCGUCCUCCCGCCCCGCCUCGACCCGCGCAUCGAGACCACCAACGCUUUCGCCUAACCCGAUGCCCCGGAGCUCGACGUCGGAAAUGCCCUUUCUGCCCAAACGAGCAGGGAUGAGUCCGCUCGGUCCAGGCUCGGUACAGGGACAGGGAUCCUUCACGCCUGAUGUGGCGGCCCCAUACGGCGGUCGGAUGGGAAUGGGCGCUGGAGGGGGAUCAUCCUGGGAUACGCCGUCAGUCAUGGGCGAUACGACCUUCCCUUCUAUACCUGAACAUCAUCUCCCCCUCCCUCUCCCACUCCCCAACCCACCCCGUAAACCCCUGCCGGGGCUCAUGACCGCCAUCUCAUCCGCCUCUUCUCUCCUCCCCCACUCCCUCCGACCACCAUACGGCUCCUCCACCCAAACACCCGUCAACACCGAUCCAGCCACCCAGCUCAAGCCGCCGGGAAUGAAGCGUCCCCGUGGACAGACCUCGCGGCUCCCCACUACCUCCCAUGAAACACCAUAUCAACCCAUCCGGUCGGGGACAGCAGGGUCCGAAGCGGAUCUCCGGCGGCAUCAGCGCGAUCUGAAAAGCAUCGAGCCGAACCAUGAUGCCGACGCGCCCGUGCGCCGGUCUUCUCGCUUAAAGACAACUACCAUCCCAUCCAAACAUCACGCCAAGCUCCCUAAAGACGCGGCGGGGCGUGAGAAGGCCAGAACGACCCGGUCUCGGUCCGCCACUUCCUCCGCCUCGGGCGCAACCGAGCAUCUCACCUCCCCACCUACCUCCCAAGACUCGGCGGCCCAGCUCCAAGCGGACGAAUGGCUACGGGAUAUCGUGCGUCGGUGUGCGCGCGCAUACCGCUUUCUCAGCUUGUACAAGUGCCAAGAGGCCAUUCGAGAGAUUGACACUCUUCCGCCCGCCCUACAGAACUCGGCAUUCGCUCUCACCAUCUACGCGCGGGCGUCAUACGAACUAGCCAACUACGUUCCGGCUCUACGGGCAUUCACGUCCCUCCACGCCCUGGAACCGUAUAAUGUCGAAAGCGCCCACCUCCAUUCGACGCUCUUGUGGCACCUCGGCGACUCUCCUGCAUUGUCCACACUGGCGCAGGAACUCGUGGCGAUCAACCGGGAAAAGCCAGAACCGUGGAUCGCAGCGGGCAACUGCUUCUCGUUAGAGAAGGACCACGAUGAGGCGAUGAGGUGCUUUAGGCGCGCGACGCAGGUGGAUCCGGGAUGCGCGUAUGCGUGGACCCUGUGUGGGUACGAGGCGGUCGAGAUGGAGGAGUAUGAGCGUGCGGUCGGGUUCUAUCGGAGUGCGAUAAGGGCCGACCAGAGGCAUUACAAUGCGUACGGGAUGGGGUCGGUAUACCUGAAAAUGGGCAAAGUCAAGCAUGCGGAACAUCAUUAUCGCCGAGCGGCCGAGAUCAAUCCUACGAAUGCGAUUCUGCUUAGCUGUAUUGGGAUGGUGCUCGAACAGCAAGGCGACAACGCGCAAGCACUAUCGUAUUACGAACAAGCAUGUCGUUUCGCCCCGGACAGCCCUAUGGUCGCCUUCAAGCGAGUCAGGGUACUUGUCGCGCUGAAUCAAAUAGCGGACGCCAUCACCCUCCUCGAACCCCUCUCCCGGACCGCACCCGACGAAGCCCAAGUCCAGUUCCUCCUCGGGAAAUGCUAUCUCCGUACGAACCGCCGCGCCGAGGCGAUGGUGGCGCUCACGAACGCGCGCGAGCUGCAGCCCAAGUUGGAGGGUGCGGUGCGUGCGACGGUGGCUGCGAAUGGCGAGGAGAUGGAUGAGGAGGAUGAGGAGGAGUAG